AUGGCGGACUCAGACUUUCCAUUCUAUAGACCCGGAAGGUCUUUUUAUGAUGAUAACAUGAGCAGAGCAUCCUCGGAUAUCAAACGCAGAAAAAAAGUCGACGAUGAGAAAUUUGCUUUGGGUCGAAGGGGCAUCCUAGUCUUCUUUACUUUGUCUGUUCUCACCUUGAUGGCUGCUUUAGACGGGACUUCGCUAUCUGUUGCUCUACCUGAAAUUGCAAAACAACUCAAUGGAACAGCCAUCGAAGCAUUCUGGAGUGGAACUUCAUUUCUGCUAUGCUCGACUGUAUUCCAACCAAGCUUCGCCUCCUUCUCGAAUAUUUUCGGCCGUCGACCCAUGAUCUUGAUCUCCCUCUUGUUCUUCACUGUUGGCGCUGUGAUCGCAGCGAUUGCGAAUGAUUUUACCUACAUGUUGGUCGGUCGAUCGAUUCAAGGUGUCGGCGGAGGUGGCAUUAUAUCCCUAAGUGAGGUUGUCAUAACUGACCUUGUCCCUCUACGCUGGCGUGGUCAGUACUUUGGUAUUCUCAGUGCAAUGUGGAGUGUUGGAUCCGUGACAGGACCCAUCCUUGGUGGUGGGUUUUCCGAAAAUGUGUCUUGGAGAUGGAUUUUCUACAUCAAUUUCCCAUUUAUCGGAGUCGGCGGAAUUCUCGUGAUCUUAUUCUUGAACCUCAAGCUUGCUCCGAGUUCGUUGAUCGAAAAGCUCCGUCGGAUUGAUUAUUUCGGCACUGUUCUCUUUGUGGGAAGCAUGUCAUCCUUCUUGAUUCCUCUCAGCUGGGGUGGUAUUUCCUACGACUGGGACUCAUGGCAAACGCUCGCACCUCUUUGUGUAGGAGGAUUCGGGCUGAUUGUUUUCGGAUUCUACGAGUAUUACUUCGCCUCCGAUCCGAUUGUUCCACCCGUGAUUUUUCAGAAUCGCACGGCAAUAGCUUCGUUUAUUGGAAGUGUCUUGCAGGGUUUGAUUUUAUGGUGUGCACUCUAUUACCUACCUCUGUAUUAUGAGGCAGUGAAAGAUGGGAUGGUAGCUGGCGUCCUGAUCACAGUAACGGGUCGUUACAGAUGGGCUAUCUGGAUCGGAUGGGCUUUUUCAACUAUCGGUUUGGGAUUGAUGUGCCUGAUUAAGGUGGAUACUAGCAUGGUGGGUUGGAUCUUCCUCAACAUCGUGCCCGGCCUUGGACUAGGGAUCCUCUUCCCAUCUCUUGGUUAUGCAGUGCAGGCCUCGACAGACCCAGAAAAUCUCGCCAUAGCGGUUGCCAUGUUUAGCUUCUUCCGUGCUCUCGGUCAAGCUAUUGGUGUUGCUGUCGGCGGUGUUGUCUUUCAGAACCGCAUGUUUACCAAUAUCUCAAGAUACCCUGCCCUGGCUCCUAUGGCUGAGGCAUACAGCAAAGAUGCCGCGGGUUUGGUCCAAGUCAUCAAGGCGAUGGCCGAUGGCGCCGACAAGGCAAAUCUCAAGGAAGCGUAUACGGACAGUUUACGCACGGUGUGGAUAGUGUGUUGUGGGGUAUCGGGCGUGGCGAUGUUGAUUAGCCUGUUGACUGAACAUUAUGACCUUGACCGUGCAUUGGAGACGAACCAAGGUCUGCGUGAUGAUUACAAUGAUGAUGAGUCUAUUAAUAGUUUGAAGGACCUAGAUAUGCGGAGAGACCGGAGGAUGGUCGCAGAGCCUCGACCUUGGGCGUGGUAA